AUGGAGCUUUCCCACAACAUGCGUAUCAUACCGUAUCUUCUGCGGUCGACCCCACGCCUCGGCGGCCAGCCGCUUUCGCGGUCGAUCCCACGCCUCGAGGGCGAGUCGCCUCUGCAGAUUGUUGCCACAGUCACUGGUAACGAGACUUGCGCGCCCACCAACCUUCCCUUCAGGUGGGAGUGGACUGGGACCUGCGGAAAGCGGAAGGCGAAAAGCGGAAAGGGCCACCCGGAAUCCCGGAGCUUCGAUCCCGCUGAUGGCAAGCACGUCACGGCAGGGCUCAGGAAGAGAGCAGCUCAGGAGGACGAAGUUGAGGGCGGUGCGCAGUGGGAAGCGCGACAGCGGGAGCGGGACUUGCAGAUCUGUCGCGGAGUUGAAAUUGACGCGUCGCACGCCUCUGCGCCUCAGCCCCUCGUCUCGCCCUUCCAGGGCCGAAAGAUUCCUGGACCCGAACUCUGCCAUCGACGACGAUCUACGGGUAUGGCGACCCUGAAAAAGAAAAACGAUGCAGGGACGGAUCGACGAGAAGCGUGUGUCGAGGGCAGGGAGUCAAAGGGGUGCGACACGGCAGGGCUGCAAGGUGUCGACGGUCCCUGGGCAGCGGCAUCCGCACUCGCACUGGCGCUCUUCAGCGACCCGGAACCUGGGUCCUCGGGCCUCAUUCCUUCUCAACAGCAGCUUCCCCGCAUUGCAGCUUCCACCACUCUCUCUCACCGGCAGUCGGCCUGA